AUGGACUACAAGGGCAUUGAAGAGCAUUUAACCGAGACCAAAGAGGGGAGCCAAAGCUACAAGUUAGACCAUGGACCUUUACCACGAGACGUUUUCAAAGUUAAAUUAGUGUGGAGACUGAUGUUGCGAAAGUGGAGCUAUGUGAGUCUUUUCUUGAAUAUAAUAGUAAAUGGCUCGUUCAUUAAUUCUUGCAAUGAUAGAGACCUAGUUGUUGGAGUUUUAUUCUUAAACACAGUCGCCGUUCUCUUCAUUGUGUCAAUUCAAUUUUUCUUUUCCUCAACUUCCGAAGGGUGGAACGACAAAAGCGUGCGUAUCUGGAUGGUGGAGAUAUUACGUGUCAAUCCUGGAGAAGAUUUGAAAAAGUGGGAUCUGAUUGCUGCUAAAAUGAACACUAUUCUUUACGAAAAUGACAAGAGUGCCACAAGGUAUUUUUUCUACGACGGGAAACAAUGCUUGUCCAGAUUUUCAAGCAAUUACGUCACAUCAAACUCUACAGAGUGGUAUCCUACUCUCGCACCCUUCAUCAAAGCUGCUGUGGAUCAAUACGUUGAGUUUUUCAAUCAGCAAUUCCGGCAAAUGACAUUGGGUAUCUCUGCCGAUCGCACCGAAGCUACCACCCAGAGCGAAGCGGUUUGA